AUGGUCCUAUGCAUAGUUGUUGGCUGCUCAAAUAGAUCUGGGAGAGACAAAGACGUCUCGUUUUACCGUAUACCAGUGAUUCGAACCACGAGAAGUGAACGGGAAUUCCAACUAAGUAAAGCUCAAAGAGAGGGAUUUCUUGCAGCUGUUUCUAGGCAGGACUUGACAAACAUCAAGCUUGAAAAUGAAAGAAUUUGUUCCCGCCACUUUGUCACAGGCAAUCCAGCAGACCUAUUUGAUGACACAAACCCCGACGGGUUACCCUCACAAUUAUUGGUUACCCUCACAAUUAUUGGGUCAUUCAAAGAAAGUCAAAAAACCAAGAGUGUUGAAAGGUACCAGAGGAGGUUGGCAAGACAGGAGAAGACAUCAGAUCAGAUGCCAUGUCGUGUGAAUUUAGAACCAGAAAUAUACGAUGAGGAGGAAAAUGAGCAGGCAGAUGAUUUUCCUACAGAUCAUAUUGAUGGCUUACGAAAAGAGUUGGCGGUAGCUUACUCGACAAUAAGCAGUCUCAAACACACCAUUCAGCGGCUUUCUCCUUCACAGAAGAUUCAAUGCAGUCGUCAACUGAUGGGUUCAUUCAGCAUUACACUGGUCUCCCAAAUUUCAAAAGUUUUGAAAGCAGUGUUUGAUUAUGUUACACCACAAGACAUGCGCACUAAACUGUCAAGAUUCCAAGAGUUUAUGGUCGUAUUGAUCAAACUAAGAUUGAACUUAUCUAAUGAAGACCUGUGUUACCGGUUUGAUGUCUGUCGUUCAACCAUUUCCAGAAUACUGUCACGUUGGCUGACAAUCUUAGAUGCUGAGUUACAGCCACUAAUUUUGUGGCCUGAUAGAGACAUUCUGAGAAAGACUAUGCCGAAAUGUUUCCUGUCCUCGUUUGGAGAAAAGUGGGAGUUAUUAUCGACUGUUUUGAAAUGUUUGUUGAAAGGCCUACAAAUCUUUUAUCUCGAACACGGAUGUGUACAUAUGUACUUCUGGGUCGUUAUUUCGUUAGCAGGUUAA